UCACAGGAUCAAAAGAGUAUACAGUAUAUACUUAUACUAUACUAUACUAGAACAAUGGAAUAGUAUUUGUCCAUAUAUUUCAUGAAAUGCUGAAUGGUAGAUGCUGAAUGGUAAAUGUAUGGAGGGGCGAAGUUAAAUUAUCUGUACAAAUUUAAUGAAAUAACGCAUUACUGAACCUUUGCACAAAUCUAAGAAAAACAGACAGAGGGGAAACUCUCUUGUGACUCUUUUCAGACAUCCUCUGAUGCAAACAGAUUUCCAGUAUGUUGACACUUUUCUAAUGUUCACAUGGUUUAACUGCAAUAUGCUGUACUCUCAUGUAACACUCUUUGACCUGCCAAUGUCUGAGAAUGAUGGAAGAGGAGGUUUGCUACUCCAAUGUGCUUUUCAUCAAAUCUAAAGAAGCCAAGCCAAGAGACGAACAGGAUGCAGAACAAACUGUGUAUGCAGAAGUCAAGAAAAAAGAAGUUCAAGCAGAGCCCAGCCCCAUACCCAGUCCCAGCCCAGCCCCAGCUCCAUACCCAGCCCCAGUAGCAGUCUCUACAGCAGAUGACCCGUCUCUGCCUGGCCCUCACCGAUACCGCUGUGCUGUGGUGGUCCUUUGCCUGCUGACUGCUGUCCUCCUCUCUGCCCUGGUGGCUUCACUUGUUUACUAUCAGGGAUAUGUGUCUGAAUAUAACACACUCUUGACACGUUAUGAAAACACAAGCGCUGCAAACCAGCAUCUGCAUUUAGAAAUGUCUCAACUACAACAGGAGAAGAAAUCACUGAUGAUGGAGUGGAACCAUCUCAAUCAGACCCUUGAGGUCAUUUUCCAUUUCAGUGAUUUUCCAGUUGAUGAUUACUGUCCUAUUAAAGAUAAUUCAACAGAAAGGAAGUGUAGUGAACAUUGCAAAAAAGGAUGGGUGUACUAUCAAUCAAGUUGUUACUUUUUCCACUACUCGUCCUACUGGAAAAACUGGGCAGAGAGUAAAACUGACUGCACUAACAGGGUGUCUUUUCUGGUGACAAUAGACACAUCAGAGGAACAGGCCUUCAUCAAUAAUCACACAACGUAUUACUAUGAUGAAUGGCAUGGAUACUGGAUUGGACUGAGCAAAAUCCAAGGCCAAUGGCAGUGGGUGAAUGGCAGUGACCUCACUGGAGGAUACUGGAUUAGUAAUGGGAGUGAACACUGUGCAUUGGCAAUUCCUAGCACUGAUCCUUUGAAGAGCUGGAGAGAUGCCAACUGUAAAAUGAAAAACAGAUGGAUCUGUGAGAUGGAAGCUGCUACAUGGCCUGACUGAUUUUCAACGUGUUGCUGAUUAGGAUUCUGUAAACACUCAGCAGGAUCAUGUGUUGUCUUUGUGUGUGUCUCUCUUACACUGAUUACAAGUUGAUACUGUACCACACUUUCAUACACGUCAUACUAAAAGCCUAAUGUUAACACCUA